UCUUCUUGUAUACUAGACACAACCAAAUCAAUAGAUUUUUGUGUGUGAAGCUCUCUCUCCUUAGAAACCCUCUUGUGUGUAUGACUUACUAUUCCUCUUGUGUCUUUCUAAACAUUCUCAACAGUUUCACAACUAGUAUCUGGCACUCUGAAAGCUUAGGGCUACCGUCGCACCCACGACAAGUCUUUCGGAGCUCCCGGCCAUCUAUAUAUGUUUGUUUCUUCCACUCGCUCAAAUCCUUUAUUCCUAGAUUCACGUGUUGGUCGGUAAGACCAGUAAUGCUUGUUCGAUGAAAGGAAUGUGUUAUCCUCGGAAUGAGUUGCAGAUACAGGCUACGUUUUUUUUUUCGAAAAGUGAGGUGUUUGAAUGUUGUUAGUGCUUCAAUUGCAACUCUAACGCUUCUAUUCUUCACGUGCUUUGUAGAGGCUAGCUUGUGCACUCAACCAGUCUCGAUCCACAAUGGUGGUGCUGGCUAGCGUGCUGGUAUUAGUCCUUGCUCUUAUCGCAGCAGCAUUUUACUCAUACGUUGAUCGAAAAUCCCCCAUCGACGCGGUGCCUAUCAUUCUUGCCCCGUUUCCCAAGGCAGAAGGUGUUUACGCGCCGAACACUCUCCUACAGAGUGUUGAAAAGCUUGGCACCGGAAAAUUGCUGCAGCCUGAGGAUAUAAUCGUAGACCCUAGUGGCAAGUUUCUCUACGUAAGCACUUCUGAUGGUUGGAUUAAGAAACUCUACCUGGCAGACGGCUCUGUCGAGGAUUGGAAGCAUGUAGGAGGGCGACCUCUAGGGCUUGCUGUUGGAAACGAUGGCGAGGUUUUAGUCUGUGAGCCCUCUACUGGCUUACUGAAGGUCACCGAUGAAGGUGUUGAGGUUCUGGUAACUGAAGUGGAAGGGACGAAGCUGAACUUCGUUGAUGCAGUAGCGGUGGCCAAAGACGGACUCAUCUACUUCACAGAUGCUUCGACCAAAUACCCCUUGGACGACUUCGUACUGGAUAAUCUCGAGAGCAGGCCACAUGGACGCCUGCUUGUUUACAAUCCCGAAGACAAAACCUCCCGCAUAUUGCGAAAAGAUUUGUACAUGGCCAACGGUAUCACCCUUUCCAAGGACGACGAGUAUUUGGUUUUCGCAGAGACUGUGGCGGCUAGGAUAUCCAAGUACUACCUCAAAGGCAACAAGAAGGGCAGCAUCGAGAUCAUCAAUGAGAAUCUUCCAGGAUUCCCUGACAACGUCCACUAUGACUCCGAGAGGGAGCUUUUGUACAUCGGCAUUGUCGGCCAGCGAGAUGCUGCUCUAGAUGUUUUCCUCAAGACUCCUUGGCUGAAGAAGUUUGUGGCGUUGUACGAGAGUGUUCGUGGUGCAGUAGACAACUCUAACAAGAUGGGCAGAGUGUUGGUCAUCGACAACAAUGGAACACCUGUGAAGUCGUAUCAGGAUCCCACCGGAAAGGUUGUAGGCUUCACGACGGGUGGAGUUGAGGUGGAUGGUUAUGUGUACGUCGGUGGAUUGAGAGAUGAUUACGUGGGUCGCGUCAAACUAUAGCCCAUCGUUUGCCUUGACUCUUGAUUUCAGGAUUAAGAGUCUUCCAUCUGUGCCCAUUAUGCGCUUCGGAGAUAAAAUUGUUCAGGUAAUAAUCAAAUAUAACUUUUAAUUAGGUUCUACCAGCAUGUUUGUGAAGGGUUGAAUUGCAAAGCUAGUUUAGAUUCGACAUCUACCAGAAAUUCUACAGCGUUACAGAAACUCAUGAAUAGGACAAGUGAGAAAGUUAUGUUUAUAAAGUAUACUGGUGGUGGUCAUCAUAUACCUCUCACACGAAACGAAUGGUUUCACUAACAAUGAUUGUAUAGUACCAUGAAGUGUUUAAAGCUGUAGUCCACGUUACAAUGUAUCCACGAACAACCUGCUAUAGGUUACAGUUUCAUGGAUCUGUUUAUCAUCCUUUCUACAUGUCGGGAGCAGUGUAACGCACAAACCAGGAUUGUCA